AUGUCGCUUCAAAUUCAAUCACACUCACUACGAACUUUCAACUUCACCAAAAUACAACCCCAUUCAUCUUCACGCACCACCCCAUUCUCCAUUCGUGCAACCACCUCACCACCGCCGUCAAUCUCCGUCCAGUCUUCACCCAAUCUGCCGACUCAUUCACCAUCCCUUCUCACAACCACACCGCCGGCCGAAAUCGCAGUGUUUCGCCCCACCCCAGAAUUGGGACUCAUCUCUCACUUGUUCGUUUUCUCCAUGGUUUUUGGUGCAUUUUUCUCUGUGGCUUUAAUUUCGAUUCCAACGUUAAUUGCUUUUGGAAGAUUAGGAGAUUCUGUUAAGAAAUUGUCUAAGGUUUGUUCUGAAGAGCUACCUGGAACUUUAACUUCUCUCAAGCUUUCUAGUUUGGAGCUAAGUGAUUUGACCCAACAAUUAAGCACUUUCAGGCGUAAAAUUUCCGGUUUUGCUAUUGGAAAGAAGAAUGGAAGUGGUAUCAGAUCAAGAUCCUUUAGCAAGAAGAACCCCGCUUCCUAA